UGACGGUACUCCAUCUAGCGGACACCAUCGGUAUUUAGUGGUGUUAUACCUCCGGAAGUUUAGCCGGUGUAGGGGUAACUUUUGGCGGUAACUGCGCACGGAACUUCAGUUGAACAGCUGAUCGCCCAACAGAGCAGAAGUGCACAGCUAGAGGAGCAAACAACCAAUUGCUAAAUUAUAGUCAUGGCUGAGAAAUUGAACUCGACCAAGGAUUUUCAAGAAGUAGUGGAUGAAUACCUGGCUGAAAGACGUGUGUUCAAACCUGGAGAAGUGUUCGUAAAAGAACUUUCUCUUUGCCCGAGAUACAUCGGAGGGCCUGACAGAUCAGCAAAGUUGCUUGAUGCCAUGCUGAAAAUGGUCAACUUGGUUAAAGAGAAAAGGGCAGUCCUCCGUAACCAGAAGUCACAUGACCAGUGGUUAAAAUCAGCAGCCCAGGCUAUGGAAACCUAUUGUGUGGCUAAUAGGGACUGGAUUUCCGAACACGUGUGGAAACUAAAAGCCCGCCCAGUAGUCGUCUCCCAUGAUUAUGAUCCUGAACGGGGUAGAAAAGACAUUCGGUAUAUGAAACCAACCAGUGAAGCCCCGUCAGAAGACAAAUGUCUUGAAAAAGAAGAGGGAGAGGAAAGUAUGGGCGAGAUUAGUCUGGAUCUAGAGGAAGACUUGUUGUAUUUGUUGGAUACGCCAAAGUCAAAAACAUCAGGCGGUCGACAGGAAGCAUCCAACAUGGAAGUCGAUCCAGAAGCUACGGUUAAGUUGGCACCAAGUCCAAGAAGGUCACCAAGAUUAAACAAGGGAAAGGUGAAAAUCUCUCCUAUCAAGACACCUUUGGACGAACCAACAAAGUCUAAAAAGACCGCAGCAGAGGUUUCCACAAUCGCAGGGAAGAAAGCCCAGGCAACUGGACUUUACAAGAGAAAGACACACGGCGAUUCUAGGCAAAGAAGGCAUUCCACAGAUCCAAGGACUAGUAGGAAUGAAAAAGCUCCCAGUGCUGCCACUGUGGCUGAAACCACAGGAAAAACACCAGAUUCCAGGGUUCCUCUUGAUGCUUCCAGCUCCAAGAAGGAAAGGAAACAUGAGACAGCACUGCCGGCUUCAUCGGUCCCAGAGCUCAAACGUACUGUGACAGUAGAAAAGGGAAAGUCUGUGCAAGCACCCCAACCCAAGGUGGGAAAAAGAAGUGCCACAGAACUGCCUCCUAUAACAAUAUCAGUACCUGUUUUGAAGAAAACGAAGACCGAUGACCUACUGCGUCAGGUGCGUAAAACCGUUGAUGAAGGUCGAAAGACAAGGGAAAGAAGGAAGUUCGAGUGUUGGAUUCCGGGUUGUUUGGAACCAUCAACAUACCCGAAAGUUCAUGCAUUUGAACAUCAUAUUCCAGAGGUCUUUGACGAAAGACUCAAACCUGACGAUGAAAGAGUCCUUCGAAGUAGACGAAAUGCCUUGAAUCAAGCGGCUAGAUGGCUUCUGGGCAGACCAGCAACAUUGGACGAACUAGUCUCCUUCGUGGUUAUCCAGAAAGUUCUGAGCGCCGCAGAUAACACCCGCAUCUCAGAAGUACAGAAGGAAGCCAUGAAGCAUAUGUGUACCUUUCUUCGGGUCCAUGUUCCUGAUCAAUUUACACUGGAACCAGCAAAUUCCCCCGCUGUUCUGAUACAUUGGAGAGCUGUUUUGUUAAUAGCUGCCACUUUACAAGAGGACGAAAGACGCUAUUGGCAGGACAACUACCCAGCCCCGGAAGGCGUAGAAAAGGUACAAAGGGUCGAGCCAGAAGUAAAACUACCAGAGGCCUUCGAUAGCCAUUUCCACUUGGAUAGAACUCUGCGAAAGUUGCAUCUGUCCGAUGGUACUUUGGAGGAUAUUUUCAACAAAGUCUCUGUGGACAAUGACAAACGUGUCAAACUAGUUGGCACUGUAGCCGUCUACUGUGACCCAGCAUCGUAUCCUUCCGAGCGAACUUUAUCUUCAUUACCAGAGGAUAUGUCUGUGGCAAUUGGAUUUCAUCCAAAACAUGCCAGCAGUAGCCAUCGCAGACUGAAUGAGGACAUUAAAAACAUGUUGAGGCUCUUGCGUCAUCCUAAGGUCUCGGCAUUUGGAGAAAUAGGCAUAGACCACACUGAGCCUAGAAAAGAUUGGUCCUACCAAGUGGAUUUACUGGAAAAGAUCUUGCCAGAGCUCCAGGAUCAGCAUGUAUUGAUUGUACACUGCCGUGGAAUGAGAGGCGGACUGCGGAACAGAAGCUUUUCUACUUCUACUGCACUUUUUGAAGAAGUUAGUCCGCACCAAUCAUCCCAUUCAUCUCCACUGCUUCGCAGGUAA